AUGUCUUCCACAAGAAGACCUAGUAUGAAGGGUAGAGAUUCCUCGGGCCGCGAAGUUUCCUUGUUAAAUUCCUCCACGACGGAGAUGUCUCCAUCUCCUGUAUCACAAUCCCAAUCACAAUUACCACAAUUACCAUUCAGACAACCUUCAUACGAUUCAUAUGGAUCGCAAAGAUUCUCUCAAAAAUCUUACCCACCAAGCUCUCCACACAUGGUGCGAACGAAUUCCAAUGCUUCAAUUACAAGUCUUACAUCGGUACCAAGUUUAUUACGCUCGGAUUCUUACGAUUCAUAUGAAGCUCGAUCACCACUCACCCCAACCUUUACCCCAAACGCUCAUGGAAGAAAUCAUUCAUUCACCGAGCAAUAUGGAAAGGAAACUCCAUUUUAUGAGCGUAGUUCCAUGGACGAAUAUCGUCCUUACUCCACACAAAAACCUUAUCAAUCAACAAAUGUACAACAAUAUUCCGAUGAACAAUAUUAUCAUGAAGAUUCUUAUUCAGGAGUUACUGAACGUGGACCUGGAAAACGUUACUCAUGUCGAUACAAGGAGCUUCACAACUGCAAUAAAACCUUCACUACCUCCGGUCACGCAUCUCGCCAUGCUAAGAUUCAUACUGCCGAAAAGAUGGUGUGCUGCACAUUUACUGGAUGUAUGAAGAAGUUCACCCGAGCGGACAACAUGAAGCAACAUCUUGAUACUCAUUACAAGGACAAGCCUAGAUCAGCAUCGAGCAGCGCAUCAUCGAGUGGUAGAUUGAAUGGAAAGUCGACACUUACCAUGCCUGCCAGAGUACAAAAGAAGGCUUCUCCAUCAAUCCACAACUUGCAAUCUCCAAGACCUAGGAUGCCAUCUCAAAUCUUGACUUCUGAAAUCCCUCCAUUCGAUUUAAGGGAUCAACAACAAUUUCAACCCCAACAGGAUUCUUAUUACACUCAAAUGGGAUCGGGUCCUUCGCCUACCCAAACAGAUUUCCAAAUUCUACCUACCAGACCCAAGAGUCCCAAUCGUUUGGAUAUAUUAGCUCAAGCAGCAUCGGAAGAUAUGAUUUAA